CGGCGGGAACAGCUGAUGAGGAGAGAGCCGGCCUGCGAUGUGGGACGUGCCAAAGAGAUGGAUGAAACUGUUGCUGAGUUUUUCAGGAGGACCAUCUUGAAAAUCCCAAUGACUGAAAUGAUGACAAUCCUAAAAACCUGGAAUUUUUUGUCUGAAAAUCAGCUGCAGACUAUAAACUUUCGGCAAAGGAAGGAACCUCUUGUUCAGGACUUGGUUCUGCUUUGUGAGGAGAACCGUGCAAGUCUCAAUGACGCAGCCCUUUUAGACAUCAUCUAUACUCAGUUUCAUCGGCAUCAGAAAAUUUGGGAUGUUUUUCAGCUGAGUAAAGAACCAGGUGAAGAAAUUGACCUUUUUGAUAUGGAACAAUUCAAAAGUUCAUUCAAGAAAAUUCUUCAGAGAGCAUUAAAAAAUGUGACAGUCAGCUUCAGAGACGCCGAGGAGAAUGCAGUAUGGAUUCGAAUUGCCUGGGGAACACAGUAUAGAAAGCCAAACCAGUACAAACCUGCUUACGUGGUGUAUUAUUCCCAAACUCCAUAUGUCUUCGCUUCUUCCUCCCAACUGAAGAGCAAUCUACCCCUCCUGGGUCAGGCACUGACAAUUGCUAGCAAACACCAUCAGAUUGUGAAAAUGGACCUCAGAAGCCGGUAUCUGGACUCUCUUAAGGCUAUUGUUUUUAAACAGUAUAAUCAGACCUUUGAAACUCACAACUCUACUACACCUCUACAAGACAGAAGCCUUGGGCUAGAUAUAAAUAUGGAUUCAAGGAUCAUUCAUGAAAACAAAAUGGAAAAAGAGAGAGUCCAGAGAGUGACUCAAGAAAUUUUUGGAGACUACCCUCAACCAAGACUAGAAUUUGCACAGUAUAAGCUCGAAACGAAAUUCAAGAGUGACUUAAAUGGGGGCAUCCUGGCUGAGAGAGAAGAACCCCUCCGGUGCCUGGUAAAGUUCUCUAGCCCCCAUCUUCUGGAAGCACUGAAAUCCUUAGCACCAGCCGGUAUUGCAGACGCACCACUUUCUCCAUUGCUCACUUGCAUACCCGAUAAGGGAAUGAAUUAUUUUAAAAUUAGAGAUAAAUAAGAUGUAUGUGGUUUUGUAAGCACAGCAUCCUUGACUGUAUUGCAUGUGCAUUUUAGUUAAUGACUAGCUGGAUAGCUUAUAUCUACAAACUUGUUUUAGAAAUUAAUCCUUGAUGAUGAUUUAGAAAUGGUCAAUAUAAUUCUUGGGACUGAUUCGUUCCUCCUCCUGUGAAGCUUAGCAGCUGUGGGACUCUAAGAUGUGACAGGAUGUCUUUUUUCUCACUCCUGUCUCUCCUCAAUCCUGGAGAGGUCUGGUUCCAGUUGCUGGUUUCCAGGGAUUUUCUCUUAAGCCUUAGAUCACAGAAAGAAGCACCAAGAAAAUAUACCCAAGUCAAAAUUUUCUAGAAUCAUAAAAUUCGUCCAUUAAAAAGGUAGAAGUAGGCCCAUUAAGUUAUUAUUGUAGGAGGUAACCUAUCAGAUGACUCAGCUAUAUAAAAUAAUGAUGCCAUUGUAAAUAUGAUACUUCUCAUAAUCUAUUUUAUCAUACAUAUGCCAU